UUUUGAUCAGUCUUUUUAUUUGCAUGUUUGACUUUCAGGAGCAGUCAGGUGUCCUGCGUCAGGCUUCAAUGAUUUCAUUGUAUUUAGUUUUGUACUUCUGACUCACUGCUGCUUGGGUAUGUUUGCACGUCAUGCGCUUGCUUAACAUUCCAAAAGGAGGAAGAAAGCCCAGUUAGGCUGCGUGAAGCCACAACCUCCUGUGACGUCACAUCAUGUCAUUUUGGAUCCUGUAAGGACACACAACGUUCAGCUCACCGUGUCUGCAGAUGGUCUGAUUCUUCUUCUCCUCUCAGGGUCAUCAUGGACUACUCUCAACCGUUCUCAAUGCUCAAUGAGCAGCUGAGACCUCGGCUGACCUCCAGCGAGCAGCUUCACUCUUCCCUGUGCAGGCUGGAGAACAGGAAGCUGGACUCCCAUAGGAGCACAUCCACAUCGUACAGAACAACCGUCCUCCCAACAGAGCCAGGGGAUCUAGAGCCACCUCAAGACAACACAACACAAAAUUUGGUGUACGCCACCACAGAGGAGGGACUUUGCUCGGAUCUGCUGCCUUUUAUCAACUCAUCCUUUAACACUGAUUUCACCAUAAAGAAUGAGGAUGAAGACGAGCAGGUCAACGAUGACGGUAGCAUCACUCAGUUCGAGGACACAGACAGUCCAAGUGAACUGGCCUCGGAGGAAGCUAUGGACUCUUUAAAGGCAGGACAAGGGGCAGGAGCCGGAGAAAGCCCUUUCCAGAGGUUCUACCCCGACAAGACCUUACCAGACCUGAUCAGUGGCAGGCCACUCGGCAGACGCAGGACACUGACGCAUGUCUCAGAUACACUUAAAGAAGUCCGCAGGGAAGUGGAGCUUUCCCGUAGGAGAAGCAUCAAGCUUAAGGCUCAGGUGGACAAACUGCAGGGGAGCACUGAUGGACCCGGCUGGAGCCAGCACCGAGAGAGGGUUACAGAUGAGGUCCUGUCAGUUCUUAGGCUGCUGCAUCUGCUGAUAGAGCCCGAGUCCAGCCAACCCGGGCCCCGAGCUGGGGAGAACCGCCUCAAUGCUGCCCUGGUGGAGCUGAAGAAUGUGGCUCGACAACUGGCAAUUAGCCACACCAAGCAUGAUCCCAAAUGUGGGGAAAGCGGAGCAGAGGAGAGUGCUAUCCUGCAGCAGGCGCUGAGAGACAGAGACGAGGCCAUAGAGAAGAAGAAGGCGAUGGAGGGAGAGGUGCUGCGGAGUAAGACAGAGAUGAUGAUGCUGAACAACCAGCUGCUCGAGGCGGCGCAGAAACGUCUGGAGCUGUCGCUGGAGGUCGAGGCCUGGAAGGAGGACUUUCAGCGUCUCCUCCAGCAGCAGGUGCUGAGUCAGCAGCUGGCAGAGCAGCAGGCCCAGAAUAAGUCCAUUCGCAAGGGCCUCCUGAGGAGAAACAAACAGCCUCCCAUCCAGCGGCCGACCACCUUCCCAUUUGCAGCACCCACACCUCCCAACACCAACUCCAACCAGAUCUUCAUGAACACAUCUGUCAACCCUUCCCCUCCAACUCCCAGUAUGCCUUCUCCUCCUGCGGCUGCUGCCAAUGGCACACGCACCUGGAGGGACAAGCUGAAGAUGAGCAGGCCUCGCCUCGGAUAUCAGGACGGAGCUGAGCAGGAGAAGGAGUGGGGCAGAGGAGACGAUGGCUUCCAGGUGGUUUCCCUAGACUGAAACCAUCAUGACUGCACUGAGGACAUUUAGCACAUUAGAACUUUCCGAAGACUUACUGAAGUAAAAUCAAAAACAUGCUGCUUACUGGUCAGAAUGAUGGGAGUCUAGUUUGACAUGAGAAGGCCAUUCUCCUAUGAAUCUGAGCUUUUAGUUUGGAUGGAAGCAGGAUUUUGUGGCUCAGGUUUGAAAAGGAACCAAGCUUUAGUCCACAAAUAAAGCAAUAUUUAUUCAGAAGUAACUGUGUAAAGGCCAAUACAUACUUCACAAGAACAGAGAGAUUUGUUUCCUGAGGCUGCAAGAACAAGAACAAAGUUUUUUCUGGCCCGGACAUUUCAUAUUUUAUAAGAACUCAACGUUCAGAACUCAUAGGAAGUCUUUACAGUCUCUUCUAUUGUAGCUCACCACCUUCAUAUUUCUCUGACACCACACCAGAAAAACGUUCUGCUCAGAGUAUGUGUCCAGUACCAACUUCAAGAACAGAACAAUGUCAUUUUGUUCUCUCAGCCCUCGGAGAGAGAAAACACAUUUCUCUGUUCUGUAUUGGCCUUUAGUCUCCAUCGAGCAGAAGAUGUUUACAUUUUGGAUUUUUACUUAUGAGCAAAUUUGAUCAAUAUGAACUAGAAGCUGAACUUUAUCAUCGGCCAAAACUAAAGCUGCAGCAAUCAGAAUUAUGUGGUUGAUUUCCAUUCUCCGGUUUUGUGAAGCAUUUACCUGCCAGUACUAAUUUGAGAUAGUUCCGAUUCUUCUUUAAUGCUGUGUAUUAUUUGUUUUUGAUGUCAGAGUUCGGACCCGGGAUUCACAUCCCACCCAAGGUGAGCUUGCUCCAGUUGUAUGUCAGAGUUUUGCAAUUAACAGCAUUUAAAAUGUUUUUCUCCAGCCUUCAUUACUGAAUGAUAGAAGUAGAGACUUACACCCUGUUGAUGUGUUUGUAAAAAAGGGUUUGCUACGAUAACCAUUUUAAGGAAAUUCAUACCUCUAUACCAUACAUGCGUAUUGCCAUUUAUAUAACUGUAUACUGUUCCCUGAUGAUUACAUUACACACCAUUUUCAUUGCUUGUGGUUCUGAUCCCAGUUGAGUCGUAGGAAAUAUGAGAUUCUGACCCAUGUUUUUAACAAGUCCGAGCCACCUAAUGCUCAAAGUGAAUUUUUAUCAGUCACAUGACCACAUUUCAGUGCAGCAGACUGAGAAAAUUUUAGACAAUUAUUAUAAAUUAUUGCUAGAUAAAGGAGUCUCCAAAGCAGAUUGGGAGGAAAAUUUCCAUGGCAGACGGCUGUUUCCGAACCCAAAAAGUCAGAUAUGAAAGACAAAAACCCUCUAAACAGGCAGCAUCCCUCAGCAGUUAAUUUCUAAAAACCUUAAUAAUGCUGAAAAUAACUACAGUCUUGAGUCUUCUUCCCUCAGCAACAGCAUGCACACUGAAGAGUGUUAUUGUUGUUAGCACCACUUGUUAGCUUUUAAGCACGGUUUGUUCAGGGACCAGAGAAGAAUAGGAUUCCUGAGAUUCUGACUUUUCAGUCAAACUGGAAAAAAAAAAACCCAGACAAAAAACCCAAGGCCUCGAUUUCCAUCUCCAGCUGAUUUCCUAUUUCAUCUCGGCAAAACCUACAGGACAUGACGGUGAACAAGAAGUAUUUAUGUAGAUUUAAGCAACAUGAUCUUACUCCUACUGUUGGGAAACAUGCUUUGCAUCUUGGAUCUGUUGCUAUGUGCAAAACAUUACCUAAUAUGAAUGAGUCAUUAAUAAAUACUGUAACAUGUAAAUAAAUUAAAGUACGGUUAAGACUGUUGUUUGCUGUAAAUAAAGUUUUAGUGAAAACCUCAA